UUCAGCUUCAGGAAACACCACGGAAUAAAUCAAGGACAUUGCUGCAGAAAGUGCUUGGAAUUUUGCCUAUAUAAAGGUGGUUAAAUUCAUGGAAGAGCAACCAAAAGAAAAGGUUCAACUUGUUGAGGCAACCAAACAGGGAGACGCUGCAGCUGGCCCAGAGCAGACCACGCCGAAGAGCCAGAGUAAUUUUGGGAAGAAUCAAAUGACCAAGAGAUUGCAGCCGACUUUAAAUUGGAGGGCCACUGUUGAUGUCAAAGUUCCCAAACUCCCAGUCAAAGACACCCAAGAGGAAAAACAUGGAGGAAGACUCGAAAAGCCCAGGGCUUCUCUCACACCUGGAAGAGCACAGCUGCCUCGUAAGAACCUUGAUAAGAGUGAGGAGAUUCUUAGGGAGAACUCCUCAGAGAGUGAGGAGGAGGAGGAGCCGACUGACCUUCAUCAGGAAGCCAACAUGGAUUCACCAUCAGAAUAUUGGCAAAUUCAGAAGCUGGUGAAAUAUCUAAAGAAUGACAUUAACAGCACCUAUACUAUUGAGUUAGUUUAA